GGUCCCGCCCCGGUCCCACCCUCCCGGCCGUCCGGUGGGGAAACCCAGGAGCCACCCCGCGGCGCGGCUGCGGCUUUGCCUCGGCGCGACAGUUGUUCAGAUUCCCAGGCUGACAAAAAGGAGAAACAGCUUUUACUUGCACCCAGGGCCAAUCAUCGCAGACCCAGACGUCUGCAGAGGGGAAAAUAAAAGAAGCAAAAACAGGCCCUGCUGUGAGGGACCACGAGGCAGUGCCAGGAUGAAAGAGUUGGAGUAACCUAGGUGAUUCUGAGUGAAUCAGUCAGGAGGCCUUCCUGGAGGGGACCAUUGCAGGUACUGUGCCUUCUGCCUGAAAUGUGCUCACCUCGCCUCGCUGACUCCUACUCGCCAGUUAGUGUUUGGCCCAUUUCUGCCCCCGUGAGAUUUCUUCACAGAUGUUGCCCUCUCCCAUUCGCUGAGUUUCCUGCAUGCCGGCUCCUUCAGCACUCAAGGGCUGAGGCCCCAGCUUGUGGCCACCACAACGUAUCAAGCUAUCUCCAGGGUUGGGCUCAGGACUCAGAGCUGACGCAGCUGGGGUGCCCCUUGGUUCUGGAGGAUGAGGCUCCUCCGCAGACGCCACAUGCCCCUGCGCCUGGCCAUGGUGGGCUGCGCCUUUGUGCUCUUCCUCUUCCUCCUGCAUAGGGAUGUGAGCAGCAGAGAGGAGGCCACAGAGAAGCCGUGGCUGAAGUCCCUGGUGAGCCGGAAGGAUCACGUCCUGGACCUCAUGCUGGAGGCCGUGAACAACCUUAGAGAUUCAAUGCCCAAGCUCCAAAUCAGGGCUCCAGAAGCCCAGCAGACUCUGUUCUCCAUAAACCAGUCCUGCCUCCCUGGGUUCUAUACCCCAGCUGAACUGAAGCCCUUCUGGGAACGGCCACCACAGGACCCCAAUGCCCCUGGGGCAGAUGGAAAAGCAUUUCAGAAGAGCAAGUGGACCCCCCUGGAGACCCAGGAAAAGGAAGAAGGCUAUAAGAAGCACUGCUUCAAUGCCUUUGCCAGCGACCGGAUCUCCCUGCAGAGGUCCCUGGGGCCAGACACCCGACCACCUGAGUGUGUGGACCAGAAGUUCCGGCGCUGCCCCCCACUGGCCACCACCAGCGUGAUCAUUGUGUUCCACAACGAGGCCUGGUCCACACUGCUGCGAACAGUGUACAGCGUCCUACACACCACCCCUGCCAUCUUGCUCAAGGAGAUCAUACUGGUGGAUGAUGCCAGCACGGAGGAGCACCUAAAGGAGAAGCUGGAGCAGUACGUGAAGCAGCUGCAGGUGGUGAGGGUGGUGCGGCAGGAGGAGCGGAAGGGGCUGAUCACCGCCCGGCUGCUGGGGGCCAGCGUGGCACAGGCGGAGGUGCUCACGUUCCUGGAUGCCCACUGUGAGUGCUUCCACGGCUGGCUGGAGCCCCUCCUGGCUCGAAUCGCUGAGGACAAGACAGUGGUGGUGAGCCCAGACAUCGUCACCAUCGACCUUAAUACUUUUGAGUUCGCCAAGCCUGUCCAGAGGGGCAGAGUCCAUAGCCGAGGCAACUUUGACUGGAGCCUGACCUUCGGCUGGGAAACACUUCCUCCACAUGAGAAGCAGAGGCGCAAGGAUGAAACCUACCCCAUCAAAUCCCCGACGUUUGCUGGUGGCCUCUUCUCCAUCUCCAAGUCCUACUUUGAGCACAUCGGUACCUAUGAUAAUCAGAUGGAGAUCUGGGGAGGGGAGAACGUGGAAAUGUCCUUCCGGGUGUGGCAGUGUGGGGGCCAGCUGGAGAUCAUCCCCUGCUCUGUCGUAGGCCAUGUGUUCCGGACCAAGAGCCCCCACACCUUCCCCAAGGGCACUAGUGUCAUUGCUCGCAAUCAAGUGCGCCUGGCAGAGGUCUGGAUGGACAGCUACAAGAAGAUUUUCUAUAGGAGAAAUCUGCAGGCAGCAAAGAUGGCCCAAGAGAAAUCCUUCGGUGACAUUUCGGAACGACUGCAGCUGAGGGAACAACUGCACUGUCACAACUUUUCCUGGUACCUGCACAAUGUCUACCCAGAGAUGUUUGUUCCUGACCUGACGCCCACCUUCUAUGGUGCCAUCAAGAACCUCGGCACCAACCAAUGCCUGGAUGUGGGUGAGAACAACCGCGGGGGGAAGCCCCUCAUCAUGUACUCCUGCCACGGCCUUGGCGGCAACCAGUACUUUGAGUACACAACUCAGAGGGACCUUCGCCACAACAUCGCAAAGCAGCUGUGUCUACAUGUCAGCAAGGGUGCUCUGGGCCUUGGGAGCUGUCACUUCACUGGCAAGAAUAGCCAGGUCCCCAAGGACGAGGAAUGGGAAUUGGCCCAGGAUCAGCUCAUCAGGAACUCAGGAUCUGGUACCUGCCUGACAUCCCAGGACAAAAAGCCAGCCAUGGCCCCCUGCAACCCCAGUGACCCCCAUCAGUUGUGGCUCUUUGUCUAGGACCCAGAUCAUCCCCAGAGAGAGCCCCCACAAGCUCCUCAGGAAACAGGAUUGCUGAUGUCUGGGAACCUGAUCACCAGCUUCUCUGGAGGCCGUAAAGAUGGAUUUCUAAACCCACUGGGUGGCAAGGCAGGACCUUCCUAAUCCUUGCAACAACAUUGGGCCCAUUUUCUUUCCUUCACACCGAUGGAAGAGACCAUUAGGACAUAUAUUUAGCCUAGCAUUUUCCUGUUCUAGAAAUAGAGGCUUCCAAAGUAGGGAAGGCAGCUGGGGGAGGGUUCAGGGCAGCAAUGCUGAGUUCAAGAAAAGUACUUCAGGCUGGGCACAAUGGCUCAUGCCUGAACUCCUAGCACUUUGGGAAGACAAUGUGGGAGAAUGGCUUGAGCCCAGGAGUUCAAGACUGGCCUGAGCAACAUAGUGAGGAUCCCAUCUCUACGCCCACCCUCCCCCCCGCAAAAAAAAAAAAAGCUGGGUAUGGUGGCUUAUGCCUGUAGUCACAGCUACUCAGAAGGCUGAGGUGGGAGGAUUGCUUGUUCCCCGGAGGUUGAAGCUACAGUGAGCCUUGAUUGUGUCACUGCACUCCAGCCUGGGCAACAGGUGAGACUCUGUCUCAAAAAAAAAAAAAAAAAAGAAGAAGAAAAGUACUUCUACAGCCAUGUCCUAUUCCUUGAUCAUCCAAAGCACCUGCAGAGUCCAGUGAAAUGAUAUAUUCUGGCUGGGCACAGUGGCUCACACCUGUAAUCCUAGCACUUUGGGAGGCCAAGGCAGGUGGAUCACCUGAGGUCAGAAGUUUGAAACCAGCCUGGACUACAUGGUGAAACUCCAUCUCUACUAAAAGUACAAAAAUUAGCUGGGCAUGAUGGCACGCACCUGCAGUCCCAGCUACUUGGGAGGCUGAGGCAGGAGAAUCGCUCGAACCCAGGAGGCAGAGGUUGCAGUGAGCCAAGACAGCACCAUUGCACCCCAGCCUGAGCAACAAGAGCGAAACUCCAUCUCAGGGAAAAAAAAAAAAAAGUAUAUUCUAACAGACAGAUCAGAGGUCUAAGAGAUCCUCCCUUGCUAUUAUUACCUGAAGUCUGUAGAACUGUUUACAGAUAUCUCCUUGACAGGUGUCCUUUAUCUUACUUUAUCUGUACAGUAAUCCUGUGAGAAAGACAGGACAGAAACCACUGUGCCUAUUUUACAGAUACGAAAACUGAGACACAGGUAAAGGGGCUUGUCUGUAGUCCCAUAGCUAGCAGAUGGCUGGAGCCAAGACUGAGGCUCGUUCUUCAAUGCUGAGCCAGGGCUCCUUCCGCUGCACCACAAGAACGCUAGACCACUCGCCACCAGCCUUCUCGUUCCCUCUUCCUCCAUUCUGAUCAUUUCUAGCUGGCUGGCCUCCACAGAGCAUAGGAAAACAGCCAGGGCCGGGCACGGUGGCUCAUGCCUGUAAUCUCAACACUCUGGGAGGCCGAGCUGGGUGGAUAACCUGAGGUCAGGAAUUCGAGACCAGCCUGGCCAACAUGGUAAAACCCCAUCUCUACUAAAAAUAUAAAAAUUAGCCAGGCAUGGUGGCGCACACCUGUAAUCCCAGCUACUCGAGAGGCUGAGGCAGGAGAAUUGCUUAAAUCUGGGAGGCGGAAGUUGCAGUGAGCCAAGAUCGCGCCACUGAACUCCAGCCUAGGCAACAAGAGCGAAACUCCAUCUCCAAAAAAAAGAAAGGAAAAACAGGGCCAGGUAGCCAUUGUGGAGAGAGCACACUUAGGAAUCCUGGGAUGUUAGUGUUAAAAGAAAGCUCCUGGAGCCAGUGAUUCUCAGGUUUGUCCCAGAACCCUUUUUUCUAAGCCCCAUAUAAAAGGUAGAUUAAAAAAACAAAGUAGCAUGAGUGAAAUUGAGAGAGGGACAGGUAAUGCCUUCCAGCCCCUAACUUCUAACAGUCUGGAAGCACAACGUGAAAAUCACGUAGCCCAACCCUAUCAUUUUCAUAUUAUGAAACUGAGUCCAGGUAAGUGAAUCUGUCCAAGGUCACCCAGCAAGGUAUCAGUAGCCCUGAGGGUAAGGACUCUGAUAAGGCUCGGGAGGGUCCUGGAAAGCCUGAGGCGGCAGGAAGAGUGUGCAGAGUUGAGCGUGUCUGGAAGGCUGAUCCACUGCUGGGCCCACAUCAAAGCCCCCAUGGGAAGCAGACCGGACUGCACAUGGCUCUUUUGCCGGAAGAAGAGCAUGGCUGCGCAGAGGACUAAAAUUUCAUCUGGGAAGGCUUCUUUUGACUGUCAGUAGCAGGAUGUCACCAGAUGAGGGUGCUAUGGGACCACAGCUGUCUCUUGUUCCCAUUGCAACUCAACCCUGCAGGAGGCCGCCUACAUCCCUGAGAGCCUUCUGGACCCUACAGAGGAGACAUUCUGGCGUAGGCCAGCCAAAAGGAAAGGAGUGGCCAGGGUACAACCUGCAGUAGGGAAGGGAAAAAGUUCCCGGAAAGAAGAGAAUUGGAUGAGAGGUCUCAGUGGAAAUAAAGGUUUUCUGGCAUUGGUCAAGGAAACUCGCGUUGUGUUCUCUUACCUGUGUUGUCCCUUAGCUGAAUCAGUUGAUUUGGGCUAUGAAGAACCACACACAUCUGAAAAGUUCUGUUACAGCCACUGUCUCGUGUCCCCAAACAUUCUCUGGCCCUAAAUCUAGCUUAUGUAUUGUGUCAAGCACGUGGAGACGUGAGACGUGAAACGAGGUCCUGUCCCCAUGGAACUCACACGCUAAAUGUAAGCAAAUCAUAGCAAGCCUGGAGAUGCUCCAAGAGGUGCUGGAUGAGUCAGAAGGAGCAAUUCCUUCCACUUAGGGAAUCAGGUAAGGCCUCACAAAGAUGGCAAUGUUUGACCUAAGACCUCGGAAGAUGAGUCCUCAGAUGGGAAGGGCUCAAUAAGCAGAGUUGUUACACAGGCAGCAGCCUGGCAGGAGCAAAGCCACAGAGGACAUGUGGCCCCAGUGGGUCUGAGAAACCCAGAGGACAUUGGGGUGAGGGAGUGACUGGUGUAGAAGCUGGAAGAUCAGAGUUACAUCGUGAAUUUCAGGGGCCCUAGGCACUUUAGCCUUCACAGGGCUCUUGCUCCAUUCAAAAAAAAAUUAAUGUUAUGACUAUGUUGGUAUAAAGAUGAAUGUAAUCCA